AUGGUCAGUCUGCGUGGAUUAUUCCAACAUCUUCAAACGAUUGAUGAAGCACGUGGUGCAGCCACAGAUGUUUGGCAAAUAUUAGCACAAGAAGAACAAGAACAACCAAAUAUCGUGCCGUUUCCGUUGAACAAUAAUGUUAGCUUAAAUGCCAAUAUUAGUUUUGUCAAUGUUCAAUUUUCGUAUCCAACACGAUCAAGCAUUGAUGUUUUAUUUGAUACAACAAUCUACGAAAAUAUUGGAUUUGGUUCUAUUGAUGGCAAUGUCUCACGUGAUGAUAUUGAACAAGCAGCAAAAUUAGCAAAUGCACAUGACUUUAUUAUGAAAUUACCAAAAAAAUAUGAAACAUUAGUAGGACAAUAUGGCAGACAUUUAUCUGGUGGCGAAAGACAACGUAUAACAAUAGCUCGUGCUUUGAUUAGAAAUCCAAAAAUUCUAUUAUUAGAUGAAGCAACAAGUGCAUUGGAUAAACAUAAUGAGAAAAUAGUUCAAGAUGCAUUGCAAAAUGCAUGUAGAGGUAAUGAUUGUCUCUUAUUUUUUAAUUGUUAUCAUGCUCAUUAUCGGUGUGUUAUAGGUCGAACGACUCUCAUGAUCACACAUCGAUUAUCAAUUUUAAAAACUGUUGAUCGUAUUUAUGUUAUUGAUAAUGGACAAAUUAUUGAAGAAGGCACUUACCAACAAUUAAUAAACCAAAAUGGAAAAUUUUAUCAAUUGAGUCAAAUGGAAAAUUUUCAGAAUGAAUCAUUAAAUAAUUCGAAUGAUGAAAAAGACGAAAUAAAGGAAGAAAUUGUCAAUAAAGAUAAACAGUUUGAAGUAAGCGACGACAAAAAUGAUAGAAAUCAACUGGCAGACGACAAUUAUAGUGAUCAAUCACCAUCAGUAUUUUUAACAAUGUUAAAAUUAAAUAGUCCAGAAUGGUUUUACAUUCUACUUGGUUGUUUGGCUUGUUUUCUGAAUGGUGCGAUAAUUCCAGUGUUUGCGUUUGUAUUUGGUAAAACAAUUAUGGUUUAUAAAGAAUGUGAUCUUGUUAAGCAACGGCAAGAACAAGAAUAUUUCAGGUGUUAUGAAUGGAUGACUGUUGCGUUAAUGAUACAUAAUUUGACAUAUAAAGCAUUCAUUCUAAGUACUACACUCAACAAUUUAUUUUUUUCAAUUUCUGGCGGUGCAUUAACGAAACGACUACGUAUACAAUCAUUACAAUGUAUGUUAAACCAAGAUGUCGCUUGGUUUGAUUGCGAAGAAAAUCAUGCUGGAGCGUUGUGUCAACAAUUAUCGACUGAUGCUUUAGCUAUUCAAAAUAUGGCAGGCAUACCUAUUGGAGUUAUUAUUGAGUGUAUAUCAACAUUUGGUAUUGGUCUUGCAUUUGGAUUUUUUUUCAGUUGGCAAUUAACAUUAGUUGUAUGUGCUGUUAUAAUGAUAUUUCUUGCUAUUGGUCUUAUCGAGUUUUAUAGAAGGAAACGAAUACACGAAAAAACAAAAACGGUUUUUUCACAAGCUGCAGUGUUAGCAACAGAAUCAAUUCAAAACAUUCGCAUAGUUAUACAAUUAACUAAGGAAGAUAAUUUUAUUCAAAAAUAUUCCUCAUUAAUUGAUCAAGCAUCCAAGGACGAUAUUUCUUAUCAAUUACCUGGUAAACGUGAUACUAUUGUUGCUAAAAAUAAUUAUAACACUAAAAUAACAUCAGAAAAGAAUACCUUUGAAUAA